AUGGCACCAGCGGCUUGCACCGUCCGACAUGCACAUGUCCCAACCAUCAUUGAGCUUGUUCGCGAACUCGCCGACUAUGAGCACGAGCUCGACGCCGUCGAAGCGACCGACAGCAAACUCCUGGCUACUAUUGCCUUUGCACCGGAUGGCGUAGAGUCCACGUCGACCGCACGCAACACGGAACCGACGUCCCCCGAGAGACCGGCCCGCUGCCUCCUCCUCUUCAACGAGUCGGGCGCACCAUGUGGCAUGGCGUUGUAUUUCUACAACUACAGCACGUGGCGGGCGAAGCCGGGCAUCUACCUCGAGGACCUGUUUGUGAGGCCGAGCGAGCGCAAGAAGGGCUACGGCAAGAAGCUGCUGGUCGAGCUGGCCAAGGAGGUGGUGUCGAUGGACGGCGGCAGGCUCGAGUGGGGCGACGGCCAUGAACGAGUGGGUGGGGAUGCGCGUCGACCGCGACGGCCUGACGAAGCUGGCCAGGCUGCUAGACUAGAAUAUACCAUACCAUACCAGAUCAGACCAGGCCAGACUAGACCAGAAGAAUUGUGA